AUUGCGACGGACGUCGUGUCGUCGCGGGCUCCUGAAACGCAGUUUCCGCGAAUCGCUGCUCGGCGAAAAAAGUGCGUACAACGGAGCGUGCCGCUCCGAUCGCUCGAGAUGUUAGUCAGGCGAUGCGCCAUCGGUCCGGGAGUCGUCGCGUUGGUCCGAUGAGAGAACAAGACUGAAAAGAGCAGCAUCCGCAGAUGCAGCCAAUAUGGAUUCCCACGUCGGUCUCGACUACAUCGUGGACAAUCCCGAUUAUUGCGUCAAGCUCGCCUCAGCGUUGGAAACGGCGUGCCCAUCCGUGAAAAAGCAAGUAGUGGAGUUGCUAUCGGCGCUGUGCGUCUACAGCCAAGGCGGCAGGCAAAGAGCCAUCGAUACUCUUCACACGUACCAGGAGCGAAAGGGCGAGCGUUAUCGAUUACGAGUCGUAGUCGACGAGCUACAGAAAGCGACGGCCGAGGAUUACCAGACGGCACUGCUGGCGUUUAUAAAUUGUUUGGUCAUCUCGACGCCGGUGCUCAAGGACCGCAUACGUAUUCGCAACGAGUUCAUCGGCCUCAAACUCCUGCCGAUCCUGAACGAGCUGCGGAAAAGUCAUGCGCCAGAUGUGAGGGUACAACUGGACGCUUUCGACGAUCAGAGGGAGACCGACGAGGAGCUCACGAAUCACGGACCGCCCGGGAUCGAUCUCUCCUCUCAUGUGGACGUCUUUUACGCUAUUCUUGGCCAAGUCGCAGACACUCCGCAGGAGAUACCCUUUCUGAGUGUCUUACAGCAUCUGCUGCGGCUGGACCCGAAAGACGCCGCUAGCGAUCUGGCAUGGGACACUGCGGAGACCCUGGUGCAUCGAGCCACGUUACUGGAGAGUCGCGAGGAUGUUACCAAGUUGUUGAGGUCGCCUAGUCUUCAAACAAAUCUAUGCUGUCACUGUCGCGGUGCCGAUCAGACGUGCGGAACGUCGCGAAAAGCAUCGCUGCCAGCGAGCAACGGUUCGACGGCGCCCUUACCACCGCCGCCGCCACCGCCGGUUCCGGUGGCGCCGAGUCUACCAACCCCGUCGAAUGGUAGCGGUUUCGUUCUGCCACCGCCGCCUCCGCUACCGCUUUCCGCCAACGUCGCCACGUCUGAUGCACCGAUGGAGCCGCCGCCAAUGCCACCGCCCCUACGCGUGCCCUCCGUCGCACGCGCACCUACCCCCGAACCGCCCAGUAAUCACGCUAGACUGCUGCCGCAACAAGAAAUUCCCACUCCUAGAACGAAGAUGAAGACCAUCAACUGGAACAAGAUACCUAAUCAUAAGGUGAUUGGCAAACGGAACAUCUGGUCCCUCGUCGCGAACGAACAUCAGAAUUCGCCGAUGGCGGAUCUAGACUGGGCCGAGAUGGAGGGCUUGUUCUGCCAACAAGCGCCGCCGAUGGUACCACCGGCGACCUACUCGACCUCGUGUGGUACCGGCGUCGAUGCCGAACGACGUCGUCGAGAACCGACGGAGAUCGCGUUACUCGACGGAAAGAGAAGCUUGAACGUUAAUAUUUUCCUGAAACAAUUUCGAAGUUCGAACGAGGAUAUAAUCCAAUUGAUCAAGGAGGGCGGUCACGACGAUAUCGGCGCGGAGAAGCUACGUGGUCUGCUAAAAAUAUUGCCGGAAGUGGACGAGCUCGAGAUGCUCAAAAACUUUGACGGCGACAAGACGAAGCUUGGUAACGCUGAGAAGUUCUUUCUGCAGCUUAUCCAAGUGCCAAAUUAUAAGUUACGCAUCGAGUGCAUGCUACUGAAGGAAGAAUUUGCGGCGAAUAUGAGCUACUUGGAGCCAAGCAUUAAUUCGAUGAUUCUUGCCGGGGAGGACCUCAUGACGAACAAGCCUCUGCAGGAGGUGCUGUACAUGGUCCUUGUCGCCGGUAACUUUCUCAAUUCGGGCGGUUAUGCUGGCAAUGCAGCGGGCGUGAAGCUCUCCUCGUUGCAGAAGCUAACGGAAAUUCGUGCGAACAAGCCAGGGAUGAAUCUGAUACACUACGUAGCAUUGCAAGCCGAGAGGAAACGGAAGGAUUUACUAAGCUUUGCGAAAGAUAUGAAUGCCCUAGAAGCAGCAACAAAGACAACGAUCGAGCAAUUAACCAACGAAUUUAAUAGCUUGGACACGAAGAUCAAAAAGAUUAAGAAUCAAAUCCAACUUUCUUCGACCGAAAGCGAUAUACAGCAACAGAUGGCACAGUUUCUUCAAAUGGCUGAACAAGAAAUGGCGCAGUUGAAGAGGGAUAUGGAAGAGCUUGAGGGAGUGAGACGAUCGCUCGCGGAAUUCUUCUGCGAGGAUACGAAUACGUUCAAAAUCGAAGAGUGCUUUAGGAUAUUUCAUCAGUUCUGCCAGAAAUUCAAUCAAGCGGUAGCGGAGAACGAGAGACGACGCAUCCAAGAAGAACAGAUUUUGGCGCGACGCAAGCAGCGCGAGGAGCAACUGCUGGCGAGAAAACGACUACUGAGCAAUCAAGCGGAGACCCCGGGCUCGGAAUCCGAAUCUAAUUUGAUGGACUAUGGGCUCUUUGAACUCCAUCCCGGUUUAUCUCAGAGAAGUUACAGCCGUGGCGAAGCCAAGAUAAGAAGGCUGCAGAAUAGCGGUGUUACGUCGGACGAGGACGUCUCCGUCAUUGGAUCACCGAGCAUCCGACGUCGUUUAGGAUCGUGUUCUGGCGGUCCCGAUCAACAAUCUACCAAAGAAGAUACAUACUCACCAGACGUCACGCCGAACGGCACGCUUCGUCGGCGCAGGAGUAGAAUACCUUGCGAGGAUGACGACGGAAAUUUGAUGGACUUCUUACGAACGUCUGGACAGGAUAAUACCCGGGAGAGAAAAUCAUGGGGAAGUUUAGAUCGAUCAUGGGCACGGAGAGCACGCGGACAGUCGCGAAGAGGGGAUCUGCUAAACGCUGAUUUUUCGGGAGAUCGGGAACGGCCGAACUCGCCGUCUCCUCUUGCGGAGAGCAAACCAUUUUUGCAAGAGGAGGAAGCGAAACCAACCGGGAAAGCUUGGCGACAAAAGAUCGAAGCUUGGCUUUCGGAGAACGAGAAGGAGGAUCGUGCGGGCGAGCAACUUCAAAGAAGAGCGAAGCAAUUGCAUCAAGCGAAUCGACGGUCCUUCGAAGACUCGGAAAGCGAAGGCAAGAGCCCGAUGAACAACACUUUGACGGAAGACCAAACCAUGCUCGAAGGAGGAGGGUUCUCCGAAGUUUACGACUGGCGACCGUCUGUCGAGAAAACGGACGUGAUGCGUACGAUGGAGGCCAUUGAAGAAGCUCAACCGCUAUCGUCUCAAGACAAGUCUCCCUGGCGAAAAUCGAGCUUGAACGUACCAAAUAGUACGGAAGAGGGUGAUCCGCGUUAUUCCCGUAGAUUUAGAUCGAGGCAUAGCACGGAGAACGCUCUCAUGCCGAGCACUCUGCAGGCGAUCAGAGAAGAGGAUAGAAGGAAAAACAAAGUCAAUGACGCGAUAAAUUUAGAUACUCAGGACGAGUUAACAAUCUAUCUCCGGCAGCCGUACACCGGAACGCAAGCGCCUGCGACUCGGCGAUUCUCUAAGCUCGGCAGAAAGGCCACGGAUGAGGAAAGAGUCAGCGAUAAGAUCGAGAUCGAUUCGGACAAUAUUGAGACGCCACCAGCAACCAGACGGUUGUUCAGUCCGCCGAAGGAGGUGAAACCUGUGGAGAAGGAACCCUGUAAAAGGGAACGUUGCAGCAGCUCCCUCCAGAAUCGAGAAGCAAAGACUGCGAUAUUGAAGCCGAUUAGCCCCACGGAUCUUGGUACUGGUAAUUUUGAUAGGUACUCGGCGACGCGACGGACUCGCAGAUACAAGAAAAGUCAAGAUCCUACUGGAGGGGAUAAAGACAAGUCAGACGUGUCGAAUCUCGAAAUGAUUUACGACGAAAAAUCGACGGUGCAACGGCCUAAUACUUUAGCUCUGACCAAUGAGGAAAUUUGUCACGAGGACGCGGACGCCAUGCUGCGCGUCUGGCAAGAUAAGCUGAAGCGACGGGACUCUGCCUCGCCGUCGUUGUCGCGCGACAUUGAUGCCGCGUUAGCGGAAAUCGCGCGUUCCGGCGAGGACCUUCAGCAUCUGUCGCGUUCAGCGUCGACAACGUCGACAGCGACGACGACCAUAACGGCUCACAGAAAUUCGCGUCUUCCGGUCAGUCAACCACCGCCAGUGGUGGCGGUGACCAAUACCGUAUUAAGUCCAGUGAUGCAGGAGUCGCGGCCGCGCGAGCCUGUUGCGGUGCUCGCCGAACGGGCGGUAACGAGUCGCGAGCGUCAUCGAAGCAUGAUCGAUCCAAGUCAGGUGAAGGAAGCGGUUCGUUUGACCAGCAACCCACCUAGUCAAGUGAAUCAGGAUCAGGAAAUUAUCAAUAGCUUCUCACGAAAUGGAAGCUCGCCACGCGAUCGAAAAAGUGAGCAGAACGAAGCGUCCAAGAUCGUAGAAGAAGAAAAGCGCGCGGAUCUCAAGUCCGUCGAGGUUACGAGAGAGCUCGAGAAGGAUGAUGAUCCGCGCGAUGAUCGGCCGACGACUCGGCAGAACUCCAUGUUCCGCAGUCGAUUUAUCCCCGAUAUAAGUGUGACAUCGUCUCCGCUGCUGCCGCCGCCACCGCCGUCAUCUGGCAAGAGCAGAGAUCAGGAGUUGAACGACGAGGGCUUCGAAGAGACGCAAAGCCUCGUGUCGGAGACCUUGAGCCAGGAAACGUCCUCGGGCAAUUACGAAACGGACACGCAUGACUCGACGCGAUGCUCGCCGGCGGAAUUAGGCGGUUACGGCGGCGAACAGCGUCGACGCAGCGCCAUCACGGUGGUGGUCGACAGUGAGCUGGACGGUCGAAGAUUAUCCGUCGACAAAUUGCUCAAGUCGACUUCCGACAAACCAUUCGACAAGAAGACGACCGCGAGGAAUGCAUCGGAAAAAUCCAGCUUCUUGCCGAAGCGCACUGCCAGCGCAAAAUGCGAGUCCACCGUGUUGAGGAAGACUGACUCUUUGAAAAGAACCUCGAACGUUGUCCCAUUGAGCGACACGGGAACGUCGAGGAGCGAAGUACAACGUUCCGGUUCCAGGAGCAGCCUGCGCAGCUCACGGAGCUCGCUGAACAGCGCGACGUCCGUCAACACGGUGCGGAAUCUGGCCGCGAAUCACGCGCAUCUGCGGAGCUAUACUUCGGCCAUCAGAGCGCUGACUAAUGAUUUGAGAAAGAGCAGCAGUCCGUCCAAUAGUCCACUGCCGUCGAAAGACGGAGUCGACAAGAGACGACAGAGUCCUCGUCAAAUUGCUGUCAGCAGGAUACCUGCCAGCAGAAGCAGCAGCAGCGGCAGCAGCGUUGGACCAGCGAUGAGGAACGUUAGAAAAGCACCCGAGAUGGUGCCUGGCAUGCCAAAGGUGACAAGAGGCCGGCCGAUCGCCUCGCGUAGCAGUAGCAGCGGAAGCAGCGUCGGUCGACAGUCAAUCUUAGGAAAUCGACCUCUUUCCGGUGAUAAGAUGUCCGCAACGAAGAGCAGAUUGAUGCAGCCGCGAGUCAGCUCUAAGAGUCACAGCUUUAUGAGGCCUACGGCCGCCAGCGUCAACAAGGGUUCUACACCAAACUUGCCGAAAAGCAUGGUCAAAGUUAUGGUCAAGUGAUAACUCUUAUUGAUAAAGAAGGAAAUUGCAUCCGCUGUCAAAAAUUUAAACUCAAAAAGAAUUCAUACAUUUAACAAUCGCAUUAGAAUUAACAAACCGUUAACGUUUACGCAAGAUAAGCUGAAUCCGGGAGUCUGACAGUUGAUACUAAAGCUGUAGCUGUAAGGACAAUAAUUUCAACGGACAGCUCGAAAGUGUUGAUAGUUUUAUCGUAAGAUAGACCUGCAAGAUUAGAUAAUGAAAAUUGUUCUCGCUUAUUACGUCAUUUCUCUCAUAAUUGUUAAACCAAAAUAAGUAAGACUAUUAUCAUGUCUCUAGCUAUACGUCGUUAUCAUACCAAAUAACGUGAGUGCCCGGAUAAGAGGAAAAUAAUCAAAUUUUUCUAGUUUUAUCGCGCGCGACGCCCACGUUAUAUGAUUAAGGAAACUUUAAGGGGAACGCCCCAAUCUUUAUAUCUGGCGCCAAAUUGAGGAAGUUUCCCUUUCAGUAGCCUAGAAAACAUAUUUAUAUGAAGUAUAUGUAACAUACUCGAAUAAUGUGCAUGUACGAUAUAUUAUAUAAUUCUUACCGUUAACAAAGAUAAAUAUAUUGUAGAAUAUAUGUCCGACAAAUAAAUUAACAUAUUACAUGAUAA